GUACACAUUGAAAGGAGUAAUUAACGAGUGGUUAAUGAAUAUUCAACGAGUCUUUGAUUAUAGACUUUCUAUAAAUGCCUGGUUCUUCUCUAAUCCAACCCCCCCUAAUUUGAUUUUCAUUUUCAUUUUUCCUCUAAGAGGAAAGUCUUAUUGCUCAAAAUCAAGAAAUCAAUACCCCCAUGGAUUCAUCAAGAACAAAGACAGAGAUUCUGGAUCCGACCCUGCACGCAGUGGGGUUCGAGAUCGGGGAGCUAACACCGCACAGGGUCACCGGCCGGCUGCCCGUGACGGAGAUCUGCUGCCAGCCUUUCAAGGUGCUGCACGGCGGAGUGUCGGCGCUGAUCGCGGAGUCUCUGGCAAGCAUGGGCGCCCACAUGUCUUCCGGUUUCCGGCGAGUCGCCGGCAUCCAGCUCACCAUCAACCAUCUGAGGAGUGCCCGAUUGGGUGACCUCGUUUUCGCCGAGGCCUCACCGGUCGACGCCGGGAACACUGUUCAGGUGUGGGAAGUUAGGCUAUGGAAGACUGGUGGAGGAGAAGAAGUAACGGUGUCUACUUCGAGGGUCACUCUGUUGGUUAUGUCUGUUCCUCCACACGCCAUAAAUUCUGCUGAUAAUCUCAAGAAGUUUGCCAAAUUGUAAUCCAAACAUAUGCAUUUUUUUAACUCUUCUAUUUUUGGAUCCAAUUCUCAAUUAAUUACCUCUUUUCGUCCAAAAAAUUAUUUUACUUUUAUUAUUCACUUUGUUGCUCGUUUUGCUGUACAUUCGAUAAAAUAAUAUCAUCAUAUCACUUCUUGUUUUACGCUAUUUUGAGACAAAGGCAGUAUUGCGAAGUAUGAUUAAAAUUACUGUGUAGUA